AUGGGUUUCUCAGGCUUCACGCACACCGGCUUCCUCGGCGGGAAGAUCGGGGGCAAGGCGCUGCAAAUUGGCGUCUGCAUCACUGCCGCCUCCGGUUUCCUCCUCUUCGGUUAUGACCAGGGAAUCAUGGCCGGAAUCAUUUCCGAGCCCAUGUUCCUCAAGGACUUCCCCCUGAUGGACAGCAAUUACAAGGACGGCUCCAUCCAGGCCUUGGUUGUUGCCAUCUACGAAAUCGGUUGUCUGCUCGGCUCGUUCUUCAUCAUUGGCUUCGGUGACAAGCUCGGUCGGAGGAAGUCGGUCCUGAUCGGCACCACCAUCAUGCUCGUCGGCACCGCCAUUCAGACCGCUUCGGUUACCAUGGGCAUGUUGAUCGUCGGCCGCAUUGUCACCGGUGUGGGCAACGGCAUGAACACUUCGAGUAUCCCCGUCUGGCAGUCCGAAAUGGCUCCGCCCAAGAUUCGUGGCUUCCUCGUCUUGUUCGAAGGUGCCCUGAUCACCGGCGGCAUCUGCGUCUCUUACUGGAUCAACUACGGCUUCUGGUUCGUCACGCAGUACGGAUCUUUCCAGUGGCGCUUCCCCAUCGCCUUCCAGGCCGUCUUCGGCCUCUUGCUCAUUCUCGGUGUCCUCGCCUACCCGGAGUCGCCUCGCUGGCUGCUCAAGCACGGCAAGGAGGAGGCUGCUCGCGACAUCAUGGCCCACCUUUACGACAGCACCCCGGAUGACCAAAGAGUCAACUCCGAGGUCGACGACAUCCAGAAGAUCAACGCCAUCACCGGCGGCAAGAAGCUCACCCUGAAGGAGUUCUUCAGCAAGGGCCCCGAGAUGAACCGCUGGCGUGCCACCAUUGCCUUCUGCUCUCAAGCAUUCCAGCAGAUUGGUGGUCUGAACUUGGUUACUUACUACGCCACCACCGUCUUCGAGGACUCUCUCGGUUUCGAUGCUGAGCUUUCCCGUUUGAUGACGGGCUGUCUGGGAACCGAAUUCUUCAUCGCUGCCCUCGUCGCCCUCUUCAUCGUCGAUCGCCUUGGUCGCCGCACGCUCAUGCUGUGGGGUGCCGUCGGCAUGGCCAUCUCCCUGCUCAUCGUCGGCGCUUGCCUUGCGCCCGGCACGAAGCCCGCCGCCCUGGCCGCGACCGUCUUCAUCUUCGUCUACAACUCGUUCUUCGCCAUGGGCUGGCUCGGCGUCACUUGGCUGUAUCCGGCCGAGAUCACUCCCAUCCGUAUCCGUGCCGAGGCCAACGGUCUCUCGACCAGCGCCAACUGGAUCUUCAACUACGCCGUCGUGCAGCUCGCGCCCAUCAUGAUCAACAAGAUCGCCUGGGAGACGUACUUCGUCUUCAUGUGCUUCAACUUUGCCUUCAUUCCGAUCGUCUACUUCACUUUCGUCGAGACCAACGGCUACCCUCUCGAAAAGAUGGACGCCAUCUUCGCCGAGGCGUACGAGAAGAACGAGAACCCGGUGUGGACGGAGCGUCGUGUGCGCAAGGGCGAGGUGCUCGAUGUCGAGAAGACGAUCGAGGACGCCGAGCGCCUGGCCGAGAACCGCGGCGAGGUGCCGCGCCGCAGCCAGGAGAACUCGGAUUCGGAUUGGGAGAAGAGCCGGAGCAACCAGAAGGAGACGAACUGA